CCAGCCCCAGGAGAUACGGGUAAGCCGUGUGGUGUCGACUACGAGCUGAAAACCGUCGUUGGUUCGCUGGACACUAAUGGCGGCGAUAAACCGAAGAAACACAAUUGUGUACGAUUAGCGAUUAGAAAGUUAACCUACGCACCGUACGAAAAUCGACCUCAACCAACCAUUGAAGUCACCAAAGAGUUUAUGAUGAGUCCUGGCUUGUUGCAUAUGGAAGCUUCGCUCGAUAAGGAGGCAUCUGUGAACGUGCACGUUCAGAACAAUAGCAAUAAAACCGUGAAACGAAUCAAAGUGGCUGUUGUGCAGAUCGCUGAUAUUUGCCUGUUCACGACUGCAUCGUACACGUGUGAAGUGGCCAAAGUCGACUCAACAAAUCGCGUCAAGCGGUUCGAUUCAGUGAGCUCUCCUAAGCAUUGGAAAACAAUUGAAAUCAUUGUGAGCUUGUGCUUUUUUACGUUGAAUACUUUCAGUGAAGGUUUUCCUGUGGGGCCAGGCGCGACCCUGUCGAAGGUCUACACUUUAUGCCCGUUACUGUCAAACAACAAGGAUAAACGGGGUCUCGCCUUGGACGGUCAACUGAAGCAUGAAGACACCAAUCUGGCCUCAUCAACAACGUUGGAGGAAAGCCAGAGGCAGAAUUCAAAGAUGAAUCAGGCAACGACUGGAGUGGAAGUGGAUUUGAUUCAGUUGGAUGCGUAA